AUGCAAGCUUUUGCUUCCCACCCGUUCGCUCAGGGUCUUCGUGACUAUUACGAACAACAGUACCGAUCAGGUGCCCCAGCACCUGUAGGCGAACACAACGACACUUUCGUCCCUCCUGUGGACGUCUUCAACACCGAGAAAGCAUAUGUCCUCCACGUUGCCCUCCCAGGCUGUGUGAAGGAAGACGUUGACGUGAAGUGGAUUUCAGAGAAGGGCGAACUCAACGUGGCCGGUGUUGUCCACCGACCUGGCCACGAGGAAUUCCUCCAGACGCUCUCUUCAAGCGAGAGGAAGGUUGGCAUGUUUGAAAGAGGCAUCAAGCUCCCGCCUCCUGGAUCUGACGAGAAGGAAGAUAUCGACGCUUUCAGCAUUAACGCUAAAUUGGAGAACGGUAUUCUCAUCAUCACCGUUCCCAAAGCUGAGAAGGAGUGGACUGAGGUCCACAAUAUUGAUGUUGAUUGA